UCAUUGCCAAAAUAUUAUUCUCGUCACUUUCGGCGCCGUGUUGUGAAAGACAAUGCUUCCUCAAUAUAUGGUAGGCACAAAUGUAAUUAUUGUGAUCGUAAUUGUGUUAUCCGUAUUGUCGCAGUAUCAUUUCCAGUAUGAGUCGUUUCUUUGAAGACAAAGAGGUUGCUAUCAACUAUCUCCAAUAUCGACCACAUUAUUCCACGGAGGUUGCUGAAACAAUCGUGAACUACCUCGCUGAAUAUAGAAAGAAGCCAUUUGAGACUGCCCUUGAUAUCGGCUGUGGGUCUGGCCAAUUAACACGGUCCUUGUCACCUUACUUCAAUGAUGUAUUGGGAGUUGACAUUAGUCCUGCGCAGAUAGGUGUUGCAAAGGCAGCUCAAAACCCCCAGAAUGUGUCUUUCAGUGUUGGCAAAGCAGAAGAUUUACCUGUUGCCGACUCCUCAUUGGAUCUUAUUACAUCGGCCAGUGCAAGCCAUUACUUUGACUGGUCAAUAUUUCCCAAGGAGGUUGAUCGCGUCCUCAAACCUAACGGAUGCCUUGCUGUCUUAGGAUUUCACCAUCUUUACAUCGACCAUCCAAAUGAAGCGAUAAGGAAGAAACUGGAUGACUGUAUUGAGUCAUAUUUCGACUACGAGAACAAUGUACACUUGAAGGACUAUUCACCAAUCCAGUAUCAACAUACAAAAGAUGGAUACAGCACUUUACAAGUGCCGUUCGAUGACCAAAAAUGCGUUAACGUAGAAUUGCAAUAUGAUAUCUCGAUUACGGAUUAUAUUGAGUGUAUUAAAACUUAUGCCGUUGCUGUUGAAUUCAUAAAGGACAACCCAGGAACUUCAUAUUUUACUGACUUUAAACAGAGCAUUAUGUCCAUUCUUGGCGCCGAAGAACCCGAUGUCACCAUGGUGAAGUCUAAAAUGCCUGCCUUUGUAAGACUCGCGAGAAAACCUGAUAAACAUUAAUUAAACAUCUUAAUUUGAAAAUAAUUGCAAGCUCUAAAUUCCAGCCGUCGAGGCCAUCCAACAGCACUUUUAUUAAUUGUGGGAUAUUUGUGAAGAGAUUUGUUUUUGUUAAAUGAAGAAUUAAAUAUGGGUGGUAACAUAUUAUUGUUUAACUGAUACAUAUUAUUGUUUAAC